UUGGUCACAGUCCAUGGUCACAAAGCCCAAUAUUAUUUAAUUAUGUAAUCUAAAGACCCUGAUAAUGUUCUACUAGAUAUAAAUUUUACAAAUGACUCUAUUUACAAUUUCAUGAGCUAUACCAUAAUUUUGUUGAUCUCAGCAGAACUGAGGAUGCAUCAAUUUGCUUUUGCUUUUGGUGAGUUCUGCAGUUGUCAUUUGCAGUUGGACAUUAACUUUUGGUGAUAAAUUCUCAAUCUGAAGUACAGAUUUUUAUUCAGAUUGAAAAUGGCAGAAAUGAGUAGAUUUUGGCAGCAGUGUACUUGUUAUGAAUUUCUUCACUGUUGGUCCCCAUCAUGUUCAGGAGCUGUUUUUUCGAUUGUGAAUGCAGUGACAAAGUACUCUAUUAGGAUGCAUGCAAUUUUUUAUGUGAUAUCCGCCUUAGUUCGAAAACGAAGUUGGCCGUAUUUUCAAAAGGGUCUGCCUGUGGAAAUCCUGCAGUCUACCGCUUUUUUGUCCACCAAUGCCGCCCUCUUCAUGAAUUUUAUUUGUGUUUAUAGACAUUUAUUUGGAGGUUUUUAUACUGGAUUUGGUUUUAUUUCUUCAUUUCCUGCCUGCUUUAUUGCCAUAUUGACUGAAAGAAAAAGCAGGAGAUCAAUGCUAGCACUCUAUACAAUGAAUCUUGCCAUGGAAGUAGUAUUCAACAUGUGUAAGCAGAGGAAUUAUGUCUCACCAAUCAAGAAUGGAGAAGUUUUGAUAUUUGCAGCUGCCUCAGCAAUCAUCUUCUGUAUGCUCCGGUAAGACCCCUAAAAUCUUUAUUUUAUCAUUUCCAAAGUUUUUGGAUUGUGAAGCUGAAAGGGAGAGGGAAAAU